CCUCCUCCGUCUAUAUACACUAGGCCCUAUCUCUUUAGAUAAACUAUAUAUUUGGUUGAGAAUAUCAUCAUCGCAUCAGAAACUAGAAUAGUAAUAUUCUACUAAAUCAUAUAAGUAAGAAGGUAAAUACCUAGGUACCGAUACUUUACUUACACGUGCAGAGGUAAGUUUUUAGCUUCCAUCUUAAAGUCUGUAUUGUACAAUACAUAGCGCUUGCUUGCUUAUUACAUGCCCCGCCCAACCGCACCUACCCAUAGGCAUUUCCCCAAGUAACUCUUGAGUAUUGGAUGUAGGAGCUACCUACCAACCAGGUUCUACCUUUUGCACUUUCAACCUUUUAUAGGUACCAAGUGGGCGAACGCUCGUUCGUUAUUACCUACUUCUAAGGCAGCGCACCGACACACACCAUUCUGACACACUUCCCCCUCCUACUCGCUCUUCUUAUCAUAUCCCAUUCCAUCCACUGCUACUCUCGCUGCAGCUCUCAACGCAACUACCCGACAUCAAAUUCCGCCAUCUCGGAUUGCAACAAUUCCUAUUGCAUUCCUGAAAUCCUCGGGUAUCAUUUUGAUACUCAAGGUUUGGGGAUAGAUAUUCCACCGUGAAGUUCCACCGUGAGGUAGUGAGUCCGAGCAAAAUGGCGACCACAUUGGCGACCCCAUAUCACCUCAGCCGAAACGACGAUGAAGUCAUUAUCGUCACACUGGUUUGCCGACCUCACGAUUCUCAUGUGUCCGCCUUCCCCAAACGUCAGUUUAUCCUCAGCAGCCAGAACCCAUCUAUCCGAAUCGGCAGAGCCUCUAAGGUUCCUACAAAGGGUUUCGUUGCCUCUGUAGAUAACGCAUGGUUUGAUAGUCCUGUCAUGUCACGGAAUCAUGCAGAACUCGCCCUCGACCUUGACAGCAUCCCCAAGUCUGUAAUCAUCAAAGAUAUCGGGUCACUUCACGGCACUUUCCAUAUACCCGGCGACGGAGUCGGGAAAGAGAUGAGACUCGAACAACAGCGGCCUGUUAGGCUGUCAAACGGGGACUCCCUCCGUUUUGGAACCGACAUCUUCAGGGCCAAGGAAACAUUUCCCCCCUAUUCCGUCGAGUUUUAUAUGGUAGGACAGGAACAUGAGCCGUGUAGUCAGGAUAUACCGACUACCAAUCAGUCUCCCAACCGAACCUUUACUGUUCCAGACGACGAUCUCGAUGAUGAAGACGAUGACGAUGACAGCGUGGUAGAGACAUGCAUGCCACCCUUGCGGAAAACCAAUGUCCAACGUGGCCUAUCUAUUGAUCUGACCCAAUAUGAUGACUCAGAUGAGGACCAGAACGUUGCUUCCAGUGCUACAGCCCUGAACCACUUCAACUCGGAUAUUAUAGAUCUAACAUCAGAGCCCGAUGUACAUUCGGAUCACGAAUUCCGUGCCAGGAGUCCUAGCCAUUCUUCCGCAUCCUCCGCAGUAGAUGCAUCAGCCAUGCCGGCACUAGUAGCUGCAUUUGCCCCUCGUAAUUCAGAGUCGCUGGCAGAGAUGGAUCAGUCCGAGAAGCCUACGGCUUUUGAUGUUGAGCCCGAUACAUCCUCCGACCACGACCAUAGCUUCCCUCACGAUGAAGAAACGAGUAGCGAGGAUAUCCACUUGACUGAUUCCGAAGACGAUUCAAUUAUUAUCAGAGAGGGCGAUAUGAGUAGCAUGGACGAAGAUUCCGACGAUGAUGAUUCGCCUACUUCUGUAUUUAACAAUGACGUGGUCCGAUCUGAUAGCUGGGGGAGUGACAACGAAAGUAUCUUGCCAUACUCAGAGUCAGAUGAUGAUAGUUCCUCAUCGGAUGAUGAGAUGAUGGAUCCAUUGUCGGGCUCGAGCUCACCAGCGCCCAGCUCGUCUCCAUUCUCAUCGCCUAACCCGCCGCUCCCGAAUGGGUUACCCAGCACAGAUACCUUUGCCGAAUCAUCCAAUACAGAGGGCCCCUUUGUGGCUCCAUAUUUGUUUACCGCCUCUGAGCAACAAGGGGCAUCGGUUGUUCAACCGAGAGAACCAAGUCCAUCUGAUGCUGCUAUGUUUAAGAGUCAUCCUGUACUUGACCGAACUGCAAGCAUUUCUAGGGCACAUGCUUUAGGCGAGAAAUCGGGCAAGCACGCAUUCUUCGCGGCUAGGGAGAGUAAUCGAACGAAUCAUUUGGACUGGCACUCCCCACCACCUGUCUCUUCCAUCCGAGAAACUUUGGGAGCUGAUGUCGAUCAGCAUGUUACUGGUGUUGAAUCCGAUCAUGCUUCUCACGCAGCUUUACCAGUUAUUCAAGUUGUCGAUGACCAAAAGGGUUCAACAGGGGCGGCUGCCGACGUCGACGAUGCGCCCGAACCCACGUCCCACGGUCCCACGAACAUCCUCAGUGAAGAGCCAAUACCGGAUUCCACAUGGCAGCCAUGGUCAAUAUCUGGGGAGCGAUUCAUCAACCAUCCUCGAAUUGAGGAGCUCCCUUGUCCGAAUUCCGAACGGGCUCAAAGUCCUGAACUUGAUAUGACUAGCGCAUAUACUUUUCAACUAAGCAAGAUAGCCAGUGAGAGCAGUUCUAGCCUUGCAAGCAAACCCAGGCGCGUCGAGAUUCAAGAUCUACUUACACAGGAACCAAAUGGGGAUAAAGACGACACAAAUGAUAAAACUCUUCUUCCGCCCGUUUUUAGCACGACAUUUACUGCUCUACCGCCAACUGGUGCAGCCGUACCGGAACCUAACCUGAAGCGUUCAUUCGAAGAUGCCUUUAGCAAUGAUGAGGAUGCAGCUGAAUCGAAUGAAGUAUACUUCCCUCGGAAGGAUGACAGAUCUAAGUCUACGUCUUCAGGCAAGCAGACUCAGAAUGGCUCAGUGACCAACGUUGAGUCGAACAAGGCUACUGCUACCGAGACCCCUGAACAAAGCGGCAUUGAAGCCCAGCCCGCUUCUGUCCCCGCACGGCCAGACAACAUUCAGCCGUCGAAGCGACGCCGCUUUGUCCAGGCAGCAGCCUAUGUCGCUCUCGGCGGUGCGGCUGCAUUCACUUACAUGGUCUCUACCGCACCUGUCCUCUAAACCAUAUUAAGAAAUGGGUAAUUUGUCGUCUAUGUCUGUACACAUUUCUCACUUUACAGGCUCCCAUAGGCGAUAUCUUACGAGGUUCAAGUUGCGGCUUAGAGCUGCAAGUAUUCUUAGUCAUAAACAUAUUAUGAAGGGUGUAGAUGAAACCGGAAGCGGCGUUGCGGUUCUUUGUUUAGGUGGAUUAAGCUUAGCACAUUGCGUUGCAUUUGUAUGGUUGUUCGCAAAGGGCGAGUUGGGAGAUGUCCAGGGAAGGUGAAUGGAAUGGGCACAUUGGCUUCCCGAGGUUAGGAUAGGCUACGAUUUGGCUUGGCGUUUUCUCUUUCUUUAACUAUCGCGGCAGAUUCUCGCCCAGUUUCACUGAACGUCGGCUCGUGUAAACUAUCAAUACGUUUGAUUUUAAUAAUCCGUCUAUGGCAUUCGUAUGGAUGGAUUUAUCAAUGACUACUUUCGUUCUCGCAUGUUUAAUGUGGCCGCUAAUGAUAUAUCUCAACUCGCUACGAAAUGUGCAUCUUCAGAUCCUCAGACCCAAA